AUGCCGACGGAAGACGAACGCCGGCAACUCGUCGAGUUAUUCGGACGAUGGUCCGAGGACGAGGAGGGCGAGUUCCCCAACGGUCCCGGGCCAACACCCGUUACACCGCCGAGAGGAGAACCACCGGACCGCCACCGACGACCGGCACCCCGCGUCGGCACCGCAAUCCAGCGGGGCGACGCAGACAACAGGAGGAAGAUCCUCCUCCUGUCCACGCCGCCACCACCACCACCGGACCGACGUCGGGCGCCAAGGCCGGCAUCCCGGCCCCGAGCAACCCGGCCAAACAUCGCCUCGUGCGCCGCCGCGGCACCACCACCUGCCACACCGAGCCGGCUCCGCCGUCCCCCGACCACCGAAGCCGGAGCCAUCAAUGGCACCAAGGACUGCCCGGCCGACCCCAGCCCUGGGACCACAACCACCGAACCCGGUGGCAAUUCGAGUCGCCACCGGGACGGUGAUAAAGGUGCCACACCACGCGGCCCCCCAAGUCCGUCGCCAUCGCCAGUGGACUCCGUAGGGCCUAUGGAUCUUGCGGUUCAACGCCGACGUGACCCUCCGAAGUAG